UGGUAAAAUAAUUGUCUACCUAUCUCCUCAUAGACGUGCCCAUUUUACUCCGAAGCCAAACCGCCAGACCGGCUACCGGGUAGAAUUUCGGUUUUUGCAAUUGAAGCGUGGAAGCAAUGGAGACUACAGAAAUGGAGGCGGAGCCUCAGGCUGUAGAAGAACAACCACCACCAAAUGACCUGCCUCCCGAUGACUUGCCCCUGAAUGACCAGCCUCUGGAGGACCAGCCUCUGGAUGACCAGCCUCUGGAGGACCAGCCUCUGGAUGACCUGCCUCUGAAUGAUCAGCCUCCCGAUUACCUUCCUUCGAAUGAUCUGCCUCCGAAUGAUCUGCCUCCAAAUGAUCAGCCUCCGAAUGAUCUGCCUCCAAAUGAUCAGCCUCCGAAUAACCAGCCUUCAAAAAACCAACAACCAAAUCCUAAUCCAAACCCAAAGAAAAAGAAAAAGAAAAAGCAGCCACUGCACUCUGCUGACAUAGUGUUCUCCAAAGGCAAUUCUUUCCACACGCUGCCCUCUCUGAGCAAGCUGUUGAAGACCGUCCCCGACACCAUCGUUGGUCUUCAGUAUGUCUGGGAGUACCGCAGCCCGAGUAAAAGCAUCCAGCCGCACUACCAGUGCAAACUGUGCGCCCUGUCGCGCGUGCAGCACGACAUGGUGGAUCACGUCAAAGGCUGGAAACACAGCUUCAGAUACCUGAAAAAGGCUCACCCUGACAAGGCCACCUGGGAGGAGGAAGAAGGCGUCAAAGACCCCGUGGUCCGAAGGGCAGUCAAGGCGGCUGCUGCCGAGGUGGAGAAGGCAGAGGGGCGCGGACAAAUUCGGGUGAUCCUGAAGGAGCCACAUCUGGUGCCUGCCUUUAAAGGACUCCGUUCUGCUACUCCUAAAGCUGCGCCCCCACCAGGUCAGGCGAUGGGACCUAUGGGUCCCCCAUUCGGUCCGAGGUUCCAGGACAGGAGGUUCCAAGGAGAGUUCCCCUCUGGAGACGGACCAGGUUAUGGGGGCUAUAUGUCAGGACCGGCUUUUCCUGACAGAGCCAUGAACCGCGGGCCUUUCUCAGACGGUAUGGGCCCCAGACGAGAUGGAUAUGGAAGGGGUGCACCGAUGGGUGAAAGCCACAACACGGGGUAUACUGAGGGGUUCCAGGGCGGUUUCAGGGAUCGACCAAUGAGCAAGCCAAUGGACCGGCCCGGCUUAAUGGAAGCAGGCCCGGAGAGUAACAGCAUCCCUGCUGUGCUUAAGCACCUGGACUCGUUCCGAAUAGAGAAUGAGAAUGACGCACAGCUGGUCCUGAAAGUGACGCAGAAACUCACAGACGUGCUGAUGGAGUACAGGCUGAGGAGCAUCCCGUCGGCGCAGACUUUCAUGAGGUCCACGGACUUUCCCAGCCCCUCUCCAACGUCGCAGGCCACCAACAACCGAUAUUCAAGUAAUAUCUCGGGUCCGCCCAGAUAUCCUGAUGGUCCGCAGAGGUUUUUCAAAUGACCAGAAGGUGGCGCCUCACUCCGCUCAUCCAUCCUUCACAGAUGAACAGUCAUGUCAAUGAGUCGUUUUUUUUCCCCCCUGUGUGUACAUACAUGUUCCUAGAUUAAUGUUUUUCCUCAAUGAAGCUGGUUUUCCCAUUGUCGUUGCUUUUGCUUUUUUUUUUUUUCUACUUCCUCAGAGCACGACAGGUUUUAGUUGAUAAAUUGUAACUGUCCCCCUUUUUCCAGAUGUAAUAAAAAUCCUGUUGACGUAAUUGCAAUAAAAGCAGUUUUCACGA